AUGGAAGCACGCUCUAUGCAUCGUGCAGGCCCCCCCGUAUCGGCAGAUGAGCUAGGGGAUGAUCCCAAUCGCCCUCCGAAACACGGCCAUGAUGCUCUGCCAAGGAUAUUACAUUUUCUGUUCUUAUGGGCCGUCGUCUACUGGAUCGUCGUCUGGCUACGCUGGUUCGGCGAGUCCUUCAAUAAACCCCGGGUAGUGGGCACUGCGCCGGAGCCACCGGAGCGAGAAGGCCCCGGCGACAAUGCAUCGGAUGAAGAGGACCUCCCCGGCCUUCGGUCGCGGAAUUCCCCUGCCGACAGCAACCCAUCCGAGGAAACCAUUCUGCCCACCAGUCCAGUCGAGUCGAACAGCCCGCCUACCACCACCAUCCCGCUCGAGCACAGCGGCGCCGAUAGCGGUCUGCCGGAGCAGGACAUUACGAAAGGCCUCGCCUCAGAAGACGGGGGUGCUCGAUUGAGGAGCCUGCUUGAGACUCUUGCCAAGUUCGAGGAACAUCUUAAUGAACUGAACGCCUUGCUCAAGAGCGUGAGCAUGCAAGAUGAAUGGCUGGAGAUUUGCGGGAUGGUUCUGCUCCUGCAGGACUCGGAGAGAAUGAAACUGAAGGAAUAUAACCCAUUUGAAGACCGAGCAGCCGGCCAGGUCAACCCCAUGCUCAAGACAUUACAAGGGCCCGUGGAGCACAUUCCGGGGGCUCCUGAGGCCAAUGCGGACACAGUCAUUACAUUGAGCGAGAUCAUCAAGCUCGACACGGGUGUUGUGAAACUAAUGGAAAGCUGGAUCGUUCGACGUGCUGUUAUUUCCAAGGCGGUGCUCAUGGGGAAUGCAGCGGCCCUCGAGGCGAUGAGGGACGUGGCCAGCGACAGUGACCCACUGGCCCUCGGCAGAUUCGACGGCCUCAUGAAGCGCAUUGAGGAGAACAACAAGCUGGUCAUGAAGCACGACAGCUCUAUCGCUGCGGUAUCGACUCUGCUUGCAUCUGUGAUCGCGGAGCACCGAGCGGCCCUCGACGUUUGGGUGAUGACGGCUACAGCUGACAUCCUCAUCGCCCUGGUGAAUGUCCCCUCGGGCUGGGAAACUCUUCAAGCUAACAGCGGCCACGUCGUAAGGAACCAGGCACCCCCUGGCGACACACUGCGCUCCGGCACCGCCCCUGUACCGGCAGAUAUCGUCGACAAUUCAAGCCAAGCCGACGACCGCCCACGAACCGCGCAGCUUGACCCCCAGCUCUCCGAGGAUAUGAAGAAGCUCCGCGCGGCCCGGCAAGACCUGGAGAAGCUUCGUGUCCGGACUCUGCGUCUCAUGUGGGACCACCAGCCGGACAGGAUGGGCCAGGAGGCCGCGGCCAGGGACCAGGAGUCCCAGGCGACGGAAAUCUUCGCUUCCAAGGCAAAGGCGUGCUUGAAGGGGGACAUGCUCCAGCUUGGUGGUAGCAUGCGCGAGCGCUGGCAGCGGUACGUGAGAGGCAUGAAUGGCCGGGAUGCGAAACAGGUUGAGGCCGCCACGCCUGCCACUGCCACGACAAAUCCCACCACCACCUCCGCCGACGGUGAGGACACAACGACUACCAUAAUCGGAUAG